CAUUUUCUCAUUCAUACACUCUCUUUUUAACACAACUACUCUUAGUACUCUUACAAAAACCACUCACUAUCUCACAUAUAUAUAUAUAUAUAUAUGGAGUACACUACCUUGUUCUGCAUAUUUGCUUUCAUUUUCUCUCCCUUUCUCCUCAACUCACUCCUCAAGUUCCUCACCUCUGCCCGCCAGAAACUACCUCUCCCUCCGGGGUCUUUGGGCUGGCCGUACAUCGGCGAAACCUUUCAACUAUACUCUCAAAACCCAAAUGUUUUCUUUGCCUCUAAAGUGAAAAAGUAUGGUUCUAUAUUGAAGACCCACAUACUGGGAUGUCCCUGUGUGAUGAUUUCGAGCCCUGAGGCUGCGAAGCUCGUGCUCGUCACCAGAGCUCAUCUCUUCAAGCCCACAUUCCCGGCAAGCAAAGAGAGGAUGUUGGGCAAACAAGCCAUUUUCUUUCACCAAGGACAGUACCAUGCCAAAUUGAGGAAGCUUGUCCUCCGAGCAUUCAUGCCAGAAUCAAUCAAAAACAUCGUCUCUGAUAUCGAAUCCAUAGCUGUUGACACUCUCAAAUCAUUGGAAGGCCGCUUGAUCAACACAUUCCCGGAAAUGAAGACGUACACAUUCAAUGUUGCAUUACUAUCUAUAUUUGGGAAGGAUGAAGUUCUGUACAGAGAAGAUCUGAAAAGGUGUUAUUACAUUCUUGAGAAAGGGUACAAUUCAAUGCCCAUUAACCUUCCGGGGACACUCUUCAACAAAUCUAUGAAAGCAAGGAAGGAACUAGCUCAGAUCUUGGCCAAAGUCCUCUCUCUCAGGAGGCAAAUGAAGCACAAUCACAAUGAUUUGCUUGGAUCUUUCAUGGGAGACAAAGAAGGCCUCACCGAUGAACAGAUAGCUGAUAACAUCAUCGGUGUCAUCUUCGCCGCCCGGGACACCACCGCCAGUGUCCUAACGUGGAUCGUCAAAUACCUCGCCGAGAACCCAAGUGUCCUGCAAGCUGUCACUGAAGAGCAAGAGGCCAUAAUAACGAGUAAAGAGGAGUGUGGGGAGAGGAAGGUUCUGAGUUGGGCAGAUACCAGGAAGAUGCCAAUAACUUCAAGGGUGAUUCAAGAGACACUUCGAGUUGCCUCAAUUCUGUCUUUUACUUUCAGAGAAGCUGUUGAAGAUGUUGAAUUUGAAGGGUAUCUUAUACCAAAAGGGUGGAAAGUUUUACCACUUUUUAGGAACAUUCACCACAGCCCAGAGAAUUUCCCUGAGCCUGAGAAGUUUGAUCCUUCAAGAUUUGAGGUAUCUCCAAAACCCAAUACUUUUAUGCCAUUUGGCAAUGGGACCCAUUCAUGUCCUGGUAAUGAGCUAGCCAAACUGGAGACGUUGGUGCUUCUGCAUCAUCUGACCACUAAGUACAGGUGGUCUAUCGUGGGCCCACAAAAUGGAAUUCAGUAUGGCCCCUUUGCUCUUCCCCAGAACGGGUUGCCCAUCAAACUCUCCCUAAAGCCAUAAACAACCAUAAAGCCAGUCCAAACUACACACAGAUCUUUCCAAGUUUGGAAAAGGAUGCUUUCAAAAGUGGUUUCUACUUUAUUGAGAAAAAAUAAAAAAAUAAAAUAGAGAGAGAGAGAUCAUUACUACACCGCCAGUCUAAGACGAAGAGAGAGUGAGAGAUAAAAUUCUCUUCUUUUUUUUUUUUU